CCUUUGGUAUUUCUUUUUACUCCUUGCAAAAUUUAUUCUCUACUUUCUAUCCACGCAGUCUUUUGCGUUCCUGCGUCUCCCAAUUUCUACCCCCCAACCUCUCUCCGUUUCUGGUUUGAGUUAAAGAAACUAUUUCAGUGCAGGCAGAUUGGCGGUGGAUCGCAUCUGUAUCUUCUUUCUCCUGUUGGAUCAGGAGGCAAUUACUGGUAAUUGACUGUAGAAAAGUAGAGAAGGAAGGAUGUUUGGUGCUAAUAACCCUUUUGGACAGUCAUCUAGUAGUCCAUUUGGGUCCCAGUCAGUUUUUGGGCAGUCAAAUAAUGCAGGUAGCAACCCGUUUGCUCCUAAACCCUUUGGUAGUACAACACCUUUCGGUUCACAGACAGGUGGCUCUAUUUUUGGUGGCACUUCUACCGGUGUGUUUGGUACACCCCAAUCUUCACCUUUAACUGCAACGCCUACAUUUGGUGCUUCAUCAUCGCCGGCUUUUGGUAGUUCAAUGCCUGCUUUUGGAGCUUCAUCAACUCCUGCUUUUGGAGCUUCGUCUCCAUCAUUUGGCAGUUCUUCUGUAUUUGGACAGAAGCCUGUUUUUAGUGGUUUUGGGUCCAACACUGCCCAAACAAGUCCUUUUGGAAGCACGUUUCAACAAUCACAACCAGCAUUUGGGAGCAGUCUAUUUGGUUCCUCUACGCCUUUUGGUGCAUCUAGUCAACCUACCUUCGGUGCUUCCAGCACACCAUCAUUCGGCGCGACAACCACACCAGCGUUCGGCGCGACAAGCACACCAGCGUUCGGCGCGACAAGCACACCAGCGUUCGGCGCGACAACCACACCAGCCUUUGGUUCUACAGCGAGUCCAACAUUUGGUAGCACAGGCACUGCAUUUGGUGUAUCAAGUGCCCCGGUUUUUGGAUCUGGUGGAGCAUUUGGAGCUUCGAGCACCCCAGCAUUUGGUGCUACAAGCACUACACCUUUUGGUGCUUCCAGUGCUCCAUCCUUUGGUUUUGGGUCCAGUCCUGCAUUUGGCCAAUCCACCUCUGCAUUUGGCCAAUCCACCUCCGCGUUUGGAAGCAGUCCGUUUGGUACUACUACAUCACAUUUUGGAGCUCAAAGUUCUCCAUUUGCGGCACAAGCUACAACACCAACAUUUGGGAGCUCUGGCUUCGGGCAGCCUGCUUUUGGUGGUCAACGGGGGGGCAGUAGAGUGGCUCCUUAUACAGCAACUCCUGAAGUUGAUAGUGGCACUGGUUCACAGCCUGCCGGGAAGCUGGAGUCGAUAUCGGCCAUGCCUGUCCACAAAGACAAAAGCCAUGAAGAACUGAGAUGGGAGGACUAUCAGUUGGGAGAUAAAGGUGGACCAGCUCCUGCUGGGCAGUCUGCUGCUGCAACUGGAUUUGGUGCUGCGAAUACACAGUCGAACCUUUUUGCUUCAUCAACAUUUGGUCAGUCAGCUGCAAAUCCCUUUUCAUCAUCAACACCUUCGAACCUAUUUGCUCCGAAAACUCAAGGGUUUGGUAGUUCAGGCUUUGGGUCCUCGUCCACUCCUGCAUUCGGUUCGUCUCCGUUUGGAGCUUCAUCUUUGUCCAGCCCUUUCGGGUCAACUUCUUCGGCAACACCUUCUAUAUUUGGUUCAUCGACCUCUGCAUUUGGAGCCAAUACCACCCCGUCUCUUUUUGGUUCAUCAAGCUCAUCAGCAUUUGGAUCAUCAACGUCUAUUUUUGGUUCUGCACCUGCUCAGGGAACAACUCCAGCAUUUAAUUCUGGUUUAAGUUUCGCCAACACCCAAUCAUCCCCUCUGUUCCAGUCAGCUACACCUUCACUUGGUCAAACAAAUUCUGCUUUUGGACAGACUGGCUCUUCAUUUGGACAGAGUAACCCUGCUUUUGGUCAAUCAUCUAUAUUUAAUACCCCUUCCACUGGGUUUGGUGGGAACUUGUUCUCAAGCACUCCAUCACUGCUCCCUACGAGCAACCCUUUGGGAUUUGCUCAAACAACUCCUUCUCUUUCAACACCUUUUCAGGCGGCCCAACCUGCUCAGUCUACAGGGGCUUUUAAUUUUGGCAACUUUGGUCAGACGCAGCAAACAGCUGGUACAAGUGGCUUUGCUGGCAUGUCAAGCAUUUUUGGGCAGAAUACUUUUGGGCAAUCGUCUGCCACUCAGAAUGCUGCGGUUGCACAACCAGUCCCUGCUACAAAUCCUUUUGGAACUCUACCUGCAAUGCCUCAGAUGUCAAUUGGUCGUGCAGGGUCUGCACCUUCAAUUCAAUAUGGAAUUUCUAGUUUGCCUGUCGUUGACAAACCUGCUCCUGUGAGAAUAUCAACUUUGUUGACUUCUCGACACCUUUCUCAAAGGCGGAUUAGGUUGCCUGCAAGGAAAUAUCAUCCUAAAAGUGAUGGUCCAAAGGUACCAUUUUUUAGCGAUGAAGAAGAAACGCCCAGCACGCCCAAGGCAGAUGCUCUUUUCAUUCCUAGGGAAAAUCCAAGAGCUCUGGUAAUUCGCCCCCUGGAACACUGGCCGGUGAGAACAAAUGCAAAGAAAGCAUCUCUAUUGAAGGAACCAUCUACUCUGGUACACGAGAAUGGUAAACUGUCACAUUUUGCAUCUGGUAAAACUUCUGAAGCAGUGUCUACCUCUCAUUUAAAUGGCUCCAGUGCAGAGCAAAAAGAUAGUCCAGUUGAAAAUGGCGGCGUCAAGGAACGAACUCAUCCAAUCAAACUGGAUGGAAAACCUAAUGGGAUCCAGGAUGAUCAUUCAAACCAGAAGGAGAACUCUUACAUCACUCUUACUGGGCAUAGGGCUGGUGAGGCGGCAAUUGUGUAUGAGCAUGGGGCAGAUGUUGAGGCACUAAUGCCUAAGCUCCGUCACUCUGAUUACUACACAGAGCCUCGAAUCCAAGAACUGGCGGCGAAGGAAAGGGCUGAGCCAGGGUUCUGCCGCCGCGUAAAAGACUUUGUGGUUGGACGGCAUGGCUAUGGUAGUAUCAAGUUCUUUGGGGAGACAGAUGUAAGACGUCUUGAUCUCGAGUCCCUUAUCCAAUUUAACAAUCGGGAGGUGAUUGUGUAUAUGGAUGAGAGCAAGAAACCUCCUGUUGGACAAGGUCUCAACAAGCCAGCUGAGGUAACACUUCUUAACAUAAAAUGUUUUGACAAAAAGACUGGUCGUCACUAUACAGAUGGUCCAAAAAUUGAUAAAUACAAGGAGAUGCUUAAGAGAAAGGCGGAGGACCAAGGUGCUGAAUUUGUUUCAUAUGACCCUAUCAUAGGAGAAUGGAAAUUCAGGGUCAACCACUUUAGCAUGUAUAGGCUGGGAGAUGAAGACAUCUGCGAUAUGCUUGCUGCUGCCUCCGGUUGCUGACAGAUUGGGGGGCUAUGGGAAUGCUCAAAAUGUUGGUGUCAAAAGUAAUACAUACUACUACUACUAAUUUUUUUUUUUGGUUUUGCACUGUUGUCCUUGCGUAGCAAUUACCUGGAAAGUUUUGCGUUACGAGUGUUUGUAUCUUUUGCUGGCUUCUUCUGCCGUUGUGGGUCCUAUUCUUUGUUCCAACAUGGGUUAUGCUUUUCUCUCUCAUUAAUUUCAACUGUUAUAGAAACAUAUAGACUAAACUGGUUGUGUGAUUGGACAGUAAACAUUUGCAGUUGUUUACUCAAAACGAAAAAACUUCUUUGCUUUGUA